UCGUUGAUAUGGUUUAGUUUAUUUACUUUUUGUUACGAUUUGUUGUUUGUUGUUUUAACCGGACACAUUUGGCUGCUGCACAUCUCGGAAAUAUACAGUUCAGCAUGGCUUCGCAGCACCUGAAGGCAACUGAUCAAUUUUCUCAGCAGUCAAGGAAACCUUCCUAACAAAUACUCAGGUCGGUGCGACCACACGGUAAACGUACUUAUUUGUUGGUGAGAAGGCGUAACUUACUCUAUUUUUUAACGUUACCUGGUAACUAGCUAAAUGUUGAAGCUGUGACGGUCCAGCGUGGCUGAGCACGGUUAGCAGACUUUAACCAAAGAAUGCAAAAUAUUUCACCGAAUGUGGCCAUGAUGUCACAGGCGAAGGCAAAGAAAAAAGACUUCACUGCUAAAACAAAACAGCCCAAGUCCACAGAGAAAAUAAUCACGUCGAAAAAGAAAAGGAAACGUUGGAUGGAAGAGAAGUUUAAAAAUAUAAAGCCACUACCCAAGACCUCCAAGACCCCCAAAAAAGCUCAAGCUCAGCAAGCCGUACCUCCGAAAGACAGCCGGCAGUUCUCUGCUAACUGGAAGGCAUUACAAGAGGUGUUGAAGGCCAGUCAGCCAGAGAAGAAGGAGCCUGCGGCACCAAACCCUCCCAAUGGGGCUCUGCAAAAACACGAGCCUAAAGAAAAAGCUUCUCAAAAUAGUCCCAAGAACAAUGUCUCUCCCAGAUGUAAAGUGUCUCUCCCAGACAAAAAAGUGCAACACAAAACUGCUCUUCCAAAAAGUAUUUCCCCUAAGGGCUCACCGGGGAACUCAAAGGUUCCAGCUGUCCCGGAGACAAAACAGUCUGCUGCUCCAAAAAGGAAAAAGGACAGCGGGAAGUCAGGCAGUGAGCAAGCAGCCAAGAGAAAGAAACGUGAGGUGGAAGAGAGGAAACCUACGGAAGCGGACCUUUGGUUCGAUGACGUGGACCCUGACGACAUUGAGGCAACAGUGGGAGCAGAGGCGGCGGAGAUCAUGAGGAAGAAGCAGGGCAUUCACCAAAACAAGGACACAGAGAGCGCCCUGGUCAAGGAGAAAGCCUUUGAUGGCCUCACCAAAGCCGUGGCCAUCGAUUGUGAGAUGGUGGGAGUCGGUCCUGAUGGAGAGGACAGCAUCUUGGCUCGCGUGUCCCUCGUGAACCACUUUGGGAAAUGCAUCUACGACAAAUACGUGAAACCCACAGAGAAGGUGACGGACUACAGGACAGCCGUCAGUGGCAUCCGACCAGAGGACAUCCGAGAUGGAGAGGAUUUACAGACCGUGCAGAGAGAGGUUGCCGAGAUCCUGCAAGGCAGACUUGUGGUUGGACACGCCAUACACAAUGACCUCAAGAUUUUACUCUUGGAUCAUCCAAAAAAGAAAAUCCGGGACACUCAGAAGUACAAACCUUUUAAGAAAGCUGUUAAGAGUGGUCGACCCUCCCUGAAACUCCUCUGUAGAGAAAUACUCAACGUGAAGGUCCAACAGGGUGAACAUUCAUCUGUCCAAGACGCUCAGGCCACCAUGAGGCUCUACACAAUGGUUAAAAAACAGUGGGAAGCAGAGAUUAAAGCGAGUCGCAACAACAAAGACUCAUCCAAGAAGAGUGCGAGAAAGCCCAAGUUUCCCAAGAACAAGAAUCUCACGGGUCUAUGAAUUUAGAAGACAUCUUCAAAAGAACAGGUUGUCUCUGGAUUAGAGCAGCCCUGACUCAAUGAGGUUUGGAAAGAUAUCCACUAAAAGUGUUUGACAGGAGGCUCGCCAGUCAACACAUUCCAGGAAGGGAAAGACUUGAUUGUUUGUGCCAACAUUCACAUAAAGCCAAGAGUGUUCUGCUCGAGUAUCCCAGACUUUGCCUCACACAUGGAUUGCAACAUCUGAGAGAUAACGGAGCUUUUACUUACACUGAUCCUUACAGCCAUUUCUUCAAAUAUUCCCACAACAUCCUUUUCCCGAGAGUCGGAGGCAGGUGUUUAAAUCACAGUUUAAUCUCCGGAGUGCUCAUGAGAACUGAAUCGUUUUUCCAUUAGCACGCAGUCUGUUAUUGUAGCGUGACGGUUCCAUAUACAUUGUUUUAGAUCUUUGGUUUCUCAUGACCUGGUUUGUAGUGAAGGGAUUCCUGGUGGCCUUACAUUUACAAAAAAGUAAUAACUUAUUUUUGUGUAACUAUAUUG